AUGUCGAUGUUUCAACGGGCGAAGAAGCUCACUCUGGGCUGCUUCGUCAAGAUUGGAACGAUCCGCGACCACACCAAGCGCAAGGCUUUCGAGGCCUUCGAGACAGAAAGGCAAGCGCUCCGCUACAUCAUCCGCAACACAACCCUCCCUCCGCGCGUACGGGCCGAAGCCCAGCUCCAGCUGUCGCAAAUGCAUUGCUACACAAGGCCGUCACAAAUCCGGAACCGGUGCAUCCUUGGUGGCAAGAGCCGCGGCGUGUUCCGAGACUUCAAAAUGACAAGGUACAACUUCCGAAUGCAAGCGAUAGAGGGUAACCUGCCGGGCGUGAAGAAGGCCAGUUGGUAG